ACCUAAAUAACACUCGUAAAUCCUAGAAUCUCAUCCAACGGUAAUAAUACACUGACAUCCACGGUCCACCAUAACAAUAUACACCACACCGUAGUUUAUAACUACCCCUUUCGUCUUCUCCAAUGUUCUGGAGUCAGAAAAAUGACGAAACAAGAUAACGAAGAACAGUCUCGACUUCUCUAUAAAAUACUUUCCACUCAAAAAUAUAUACACAUCUCUAGUAAACAAGUUUACCUAAAGGAGAAAAGAUUGAAGAAUAUGGCAGACAGAGGAAUAUUCGUGUAUCCAUUUAGAAGAUUCCAAGAAUGGUCAAGAUCAACGGCUCUGAUUGAUUGGAUGGAAUCUUCCAACUCUCAUAUCUUCAAGAUCAACGUUCCUGGUUACAACAAGGAAGACAUAAAAGUGCUGAUUGAAGAAGGAAAUGUUUUGAGUAUAAGAGGAGAAGGAAUAAAGGAAGAGAAGAAAGAGAAUUUGGUGUGGCAUGUGGCGGAGAGAGAAGCUUUUUCCGGUGGAGGUGAGUUUUUGCGGCGGAUUGAGUUGCCGGAGAAUGUGAAAGUCGACCAAGUUAAAGCUUACGUGGAGAAUGGUGUUCUUACUGUUGUUGUUCCUAAGGACACGUCAUCGAAAUCGUCUAAAGUUAGGAAUGUUAAUAUUACUAGUAAGCUUUGAUGUCUUAACCGGUUUAAACCGGGUUUUGGUUUUCUUAAGAUGAAUAAAAUUGGACUUACUUCAUAAAUCGAAUAAAGUAUGUAAUAUUUAGGAAUGUUUUAAGAUGAAUAAAAUUUGAAUGUUAAUAUUA